AAAAUUUCCAACGGGCACGAGUUUACCUCAUCAAGAUGGCAUGAAUAUGAAGAAACAGAAGUCAGAACUUCAUAUAUCAUAUCCAAAACAAUUUGUUCACAGCGUGGAACCAAUCAUUGCUGUGCAGAAGAUAGAAAAAGCAACGAAUGAACAGAAGGGGUCCUUCAGCAAAUGCUCAAGUUUGAAUCUACAACAAAGCGAGGGUCCCACAUGUCCACCUUGUUCAAAGUUCAAACAUCCCUCGCAAGUGUGUGUGUGUGUUGUGUAUGUGCACUUUAUGCUUUUGUUGUUGUAACAACAGCCCCUGCUCCACCUUCAUCAGAUUCCUCAACUCUUCUCUCUCAGCUUCCUUCUUGGAUUCUCACUCACAUUUGCUUCACUUUUCUUAUCCUUCUCACUGCCCCACUGUUGGUUUUGGAGUUUUGUGCUAAAAUAAAGCCUGUGACUGUCUCAGGGUUACCUCUGUUUUUUUUUCCCCUUGUAUGAACCGGCCUAUGAAUGGAUUGGAAGAUGAACAGGGAACAAUAGCAAAGAAGUGAAGAGGAAAUGAGAGAGGAGUCAAUAGGGCUGAUUAUUGGGGUUUCCAUAGGAGUGGUUAUUGGACUAGUUUUGGCAAUUUUUGCAUUCUUCUGCCAUAGGUAUCAUCGAAAGCGUUCUCAGAUAGGCAAUAGCAGUUCUAGAAGGGCUGCUACCAUUCUAAUCCGCACACAUGGUGCUGAUUCUUGCACCAUACUAUCAGACUCAACCUUAGGUCCAGAAUCACCCAUAAAGUCUGGAAGGUAUGGCCUACCCUUCUGGCUUGAGGGGUUUAAGAAGAGUAGUAACAUGGUCCCAGCAUCUGGUUUACCUGAAUAUGCAUACAAGGAUUUGCAGAAAGCAACACAUAAUUUUACAACGGUCAUAGGACAAGGUGCAUUUGGUCCUGUUUAUAAAGCUCAGAUGUGUACCGGUGAGACUGUUGCAGUUAAAGUUCUUGCAACUAAUUCUAAGCAAGGGGAGAAAGAAUUUCACACAGAGGUCAUGUUGUUGGGAAGAUUACACCACAGAAAUCUGGUGAAUUUGGUUGGAUAUUGUGCAGAAAAGGGGCAACAUAUGCUUGUAUAUGUAUACAUGAGUAAUGGUAGCUUGGCAUCCCACUUGUAUGGUAGUGAUGUGAAUGAAGCCCUGUGCUGGGAUUUGAGGGUCAACAUAGCUUUAGAUGUGGCAAGAGGCUUGGAGUAUCUUCAUGAUGGUGCAGUUCCUCCUGUAAUCCAUCGAGACAUCAAAUCUUCCAAUAUUCUGUUGGAUCAAUCCAUGCGAGCCAGGGUUGCUGAUUUUGGACUUUCAAGGGAAGAGAUGGUGGAUAAACAUGCAGCUAUUCGGGGCACCUUUGGGUAUCUUGACCCUGAGUAUAUAUCUUCAGGAACAUUCACCAAGAAAAGUGAUGUAUACAGUUUUGGAGUGUUGCUCUUUGAAAUUAUAGCUGGCAGAAAUCCUCAGCAGGGUCUUAUGGAAUAUAUUGAGCUUGCAGCAAUGAACAUCGAGGGAAAAGUUGGGUGGGAAGAGAUUGUGGAUUCUCACCUUCAAGGAAACUUUGAUGUGAAGGAACUGAAUGAAGUUGCAGCAGUAGCUUACAAAUGCAUCAACCGUGCCCCAAAUAAACGUCCUUCUAUGAGGGACAUUGUGCAAGUGCUAACAAGGAUCCUUAAAUCAAGGCACCAUGGGAAUCAUCACAACAAUUCCUUGUCAGCCACAGAUGAAGUUUUCAUUGAUCCUGAUCAGCUAGAGACCGUGAUUUCAGUCACUGACCACAGGAGAGAAGAAUCUAAGGAUAAUCCUGCGACAGAGGUGUUUGAGGACUAGAAUGUUGUUUCAUCUUAACCUCAUUUUUUUUCGUUAACUUCACCUUUUGAUUUUGGAUUUGCUUGUACAUGGUUGUAGAUUUGGUUUGUAUACGGUUCAGUAAAUGUUCCAUCUUUCUUUUUCUUUGCCUUGUCUUGCAGAAAUGAUACACCCAAAUUUGUAAACUAGUACUUUCACUAAUGGAAUUGAAGAGAAAGAUAACUUUUCUCACAAAUUUUAAUAAAUUUAUUAGUUCUUAUAGCAA